AUGGCCGUUCGCGAGACGCGCAUUGGCGAACGCUUCCUACCGCUGUUCGGAUUCGCGGGUUUCGUCAGGUUUCCCGCUUUCUUAUAUCCGUCGUCUUCGGCGUGGUCUUCUUGUCCUGUUCCCCUGGGGCAUCCUUUGUCCCGCCUCCGUAUUCCUUCCUACAUUCACCUCCGCCGUAAAAUUCGUGUCUGUCAGGUGGGUCAGCAGUACAUACGCUUCUCUUUCGUGCAUUUCGCUGGCACGCGUCCGCUGACUUUCUGCAUCUGGGGGUUCACUAACAUGGAGCAGAUGGAGCAGUUUGCGCGCAGGCUUUCGUUCUGCCUCGCCUCGCAGAUUCCGCUGCUCUCAUCUACACAUUGCAAAACAUUCGAGGGAAAUGAUUCUUACCUGCCGCCGCGCGUCUUCUCCUGGUCUGCAUCUGCGGUUUCGUGA